CCUCGCCGCGACGAGAUGGGCAGGAAGCUGGACCUCUCCAAGCUCACCGAUGAAGAAGCCAAGCAUGUCUGGGAGGUCGUUCAGCGGGACUUUGAUCUGCGGAAAAAAGAGGAGGAACGGCUGGAGGAGCUGAAAUGCAAGAUCGACCAGGAGAGCAGCAAGAGAGAGUUCCUGACCAGUCAGUCCCACCUCAACGAAACUCACUGCGUGCACUGCCUGCAGCCCUUCAAGUUCCUGCUGAACAGCAAGCGGCAGUGCCUGGACUGCCGCUUCUACACCUGCAAGAGCUGCAGCCGCUACAACAAGAAGGAGCAGGGCUGGGUCUGCGAUCCCUGCCGCCUCUCCAGGAUCGUGAAGAUCGGCUCCCUGGAGUGGUACUACGAACACGUGCGGUCCCGCUUCAAGAGGUUUGGAAGUGCCAAAGUCCUGCAGUCCCUCUAUGGCAGGCUGCAGCCGGGCCAGGGGCUCAACUCUGCCUUUCUGGGUCUUCAUGACAGAGUUUAUAGCCUGCCAGACAUUAACAGAGAGUGCCAGCUGCUCAGCAGCUGUGACGCCGGGGAGGACAGCGAUGAGGAAGACAAUGUCCUUCGUGGGGCUGAAGCAGAGCGCUACAGCAGGAUGUGCAAGACAAAGCGGCUGCUGUCUGUGCACCCCUUUGAUUUCGAACUGGACUCGGAUUACUCUGCUCAGUCUCGCCGCCAGUCUGUGCAGCUCUCUCCAGCAGCCAGCAGCCCGGAUGCUUUCCAGUCCUUCCCAGAUUUCCCCAACUCAGCUGAAGAUGGCUCCCAGGAGUCCAGGAUCACGGAUGCAGACCUGGUGUUCCACCACGUCCUGCAGGAGCCAGGGGUGAGCGCUCCGGAGCAGCACUUCAGCACCGAGGUUCGGCUCACCGUCAACGCACGGAGGAGGAGCCUGGAAAGAAACCCAAAGCCUGGCAUCCCCUGGAACGAGCCGCCCCGGGCGCGAUACUCGGCCGACAUGGACACCUCCGACGAGGACGUGAGGGGAGCCCAGCUCCCACCCCACGCUACCAAACGCAGGAACAGAGCCUCCUCCCAGGAGAACAUCAGCCACUCCUCCAACCAGAUCCAUGAGCUCAACACUCGCAUGUCCGCAAUCGAGCGCGUGCUGAACCGCUUGGAGGAAAAAAUCCUGACGCGCCCUGACGAGUCUCCUGCCCCAGAGUCCCACACUGACCCCGAUGCUGAGGAGGAGGAGCUGAAGAGGAAGCUGGAGGAGUUAGCCAGCAACAUCAGUGAUAAGGAAGUCUCCUCUGACGAGGAGGAGCAUGAAGAAGAGAAGAGAGCAAAGAAACCAGAGCUGAGUUCCUCCAGCGAGGCCAUGGCCAGGGAUGUUCGAAAGAGGUCGUCGGCUCAGGCUUUGAGUGAGAUCACGGCCAAAGUGCUGAGAGCCAUAAACGCCACGGAGGAAGCGGUGUGGGAGUCGGUGCAUGGACAGAGCCAGGGCUGGGCCCUCCCUGCUGGGCAGCUUCCAGGCCUGGCAGAUGGGAAAGAGGUGGCCGAAGUGUACCAGGAGCUUGAGGAAAAUGUGUACCUGACUGCUGGAAAGACCUACCAGCUUGAGAAGACCCUGAAGGAGCUUGAGGAAGGGGCUCAGCACAGCGGCACUACCGACUCGGAGCUGUCGGAGCUGGAGGACAAAGUGGCCUCAGCAGCUGCUCAGGUGCAGCAGGCAGAGAGCGAGAUAUCGGAUAUCGAAUCCCGAAUUGCAGCCCUGUCUGCUGCAGGGCUGACAGUGAAGUCUGUGGAAAAGGCAAAGAAGAAGUCGAGUGUGCAGGCUGCCUGUCUCCCUUCUCCUGCUCCUGCCAGCAGCAGUCCUGGGGAGUCUCUGGAUGACAUUAAAGCAAUGCCCGGACUGCAGAGGUUCAGGAGGAAGUUCAACAGUCCCCUGGAAAUCACCAGUUUUGACGACUCCUUUGAGCGCAACUCGGCGUACCGCGGCUCGCUGACGCAGAGGAACCCCAACGGCAAGAACAGGAGGGUGGAGCGGCUCUUUGCGAAGCCUGUGAUGACCCACCUGUCCUGAGGAGAGGGGACCUCCCUGCUACCGCAUUUCAGUGAAGA